AUGUACCUCUUUGCCUUUGCCUCGCUCCCUCUUCUCCUCGUUGUCGUCGACUUCCUUUUCUCUGCCGUCCCGGUCAGUGCUGGUGAGCCCUUUUCGCAGAUAUCCACCACCGAGGCGGCCGAUCCUAUUCUCCAACAAAGUACAUACCAGAAACCAGUUCGCCUCGUCAAGACACACUCGCAACCACUCGCAACUCGUACUGAUGUGUCUACAAAACAGCCCAUCGGGCUUGGGAUGAAGGCCACUAGUUCGACGCACAACCGGGUAUGCAAGGGAAAGAGGGGCAGGGCCCCGGGGGAAAGCGCCAGCAGCAACAUGACAUCCAUCCACCUGCGUCUGGCCACACGGGAAAGAGAUGGCAGUGCAGCCAGCGACAAGAACAUGCUGCAACAGGCGUCGCCCAGCCUCAAACAAGCCAUUGAGAAUAUCAAAGACAACCAGACAGACGUACUCCAUACAAAGACGGAAUAUCCGUCCACGAGUCAAUCAUAA